AUGGCAGCACGCACACUCCGCAUAGGCCUGAUACCAGGCGACGGCAUCGGCCGCGAAGUCAUCCCUGCUGGCCGCCGAGUGCUAGAAUCCCUGCCCUCCUCGCUCGGCCUCAAUUUCUCCUUCGUCGAUCUCGAUGCUGGCUAUGAGCACUUCAAGGCUUCUGGCACCGCUCUGCCGGAUAAGACUGUUGAGACGCUCAAGAAAGAAUGUGACGGCGCACUAUUUGGGGCUGUGAGCUCCCCAUCUACAAAGGUUGCUGGCUAUACCAGUCCCAUCGUUGCCCUGCGCAAGAAGCUAGGGCUUUUCGCCAAUGUCAGGCCCUGCAAAACAACAGCCUCCCCAGCCUUCAAGUCUCCUACGCCGCACCCCAUCGAUCUGGUCAUCGUACGCGAGAACACCGAAGACCUCUACGUGAAAGAGGAGAAGACGUACCCAGAUCCCUCUGGCGAGGGACAGAUCGCGGAGGCGAUCAAGCGUAUCAGCAGCAAAGCCUCAUGGCGAAUUGCCAAUAUCGCCGGUGAGAUCGCAGCACGGAGACAACAGAUGCGAGUGGGGUCUCCUGUCCCAGACGCCCACGCGAAGGAGGCAAUGGUCACCAUCACACACAAGAGCAAUGUGCUCAGCCAGACUGAUGGCUUGUUUCGGUCAACAGCACGAGAGGCAUUGGCGCAACCGCAGUUCAAUGGGAUGAAGAUCGAGGAGCAGAUUGUCGACUCUAUGGUCUACAAGCUGUUCUUGCAGCCUCAGUAUUACGAUGUCAUUGUGGCUCCCAACUUGUACGGAGACUUGCUGUCGGACGGUGCAGCAGCGUUGGUGGGCAGUCUCGGCCUUGUGCCAUCCGCCAACGUGGGUGAAGGUAUCGUGAUCGGCGAGCCUUGUCACGGAUCUGCACCCGACAUCGAAGGCAAGGGUAUCGCCAAUCCUAUUGCAACUAUAAGGAGUGUGGGUGUCAUGCUUGAAUUCUUGAACUUACCUGAGGCCGCAAAUAUUAUCUACAAAGCCGUAGAUGAGAAUCUGGGCGAAGGCAGAUUCGUGAGUCCCGACCUGGGAGGCAAGGCGAGCACGGAAGAGGUGCUGCAGGAUGUUAUCAAGCGAAUGUAG